UCUACCAUGGCGACUGAACCAAAAACUGAAGCAGUAUCCUCCGCUGAGUCCGAUGCUAGCACCACCAUAAACCCACCUCAAGAACCAGCAGUUCCUGAAAAGCCACAAGAGAAAUCUCAAGAAGAAGUGAAGCUGGAGACUCACUCGCCGGAGGAAUUCUCCACUUUGGGAAUUCCUCUUCUGAAAGACGACCGGAGCGAUGUCAUUCUGCUGAAAUUCCUCAGAGCCAGGGAUUUCAAACCCAAGGACGCUUUUAUCAUGAUCAAGAACACAAUUCAAUGGAGAAAAGACUUCGGCAUCGAGGAGCUUGUCGACGAAGAUCUCGGCGAUGACCUGGACAAAGUUGUGUUUAUGCACGGACAUGACAAGGACGGGCAUCCAGUUUGUUACAACAUUUAUGGAGAGUUUCAGAACAAGGAGUUGUAUCAGAAGACAUUUUCAAAUGAAGAGAAGAGGAUGAAGUUUUUGAGAUGGCGGAUUCAAUUCUUGGAAAGGAGUAUAAGGAAACUUGAUUUUAGUCCUGGUGGUGUUUGUACUAUUUUUCAGGUUAAUGAUCUGAAGAAUUCCCCUGGACCUGGAAAAAGAGAGCUUAGAUUGGCAACUAAACAGGCUCUGCACAUUCUUCAGGACAAUUACCCUGAGUUUGUGGCCAAACAGGUAAUAAUUAGAAUGAUAAUCAAAUUAAUUGCUGAUUAAAUUUGAAUUAACUAGGAUUUAAUCUUUUGAAAUCAAGAAAACUCAUAACAUUUAUUUAUCGCAUCAAUAAAUUGGAUGAACAUACAGGUCACCAAGAGUGUCAUCUAAUAAAUGGAUCACAACUCUUACAAUGUAUAAAAAUUUGAUCAUGAAAUUUAAUAGUUU